AUGGCAGUAGCUCAGCCUGCUUGGGUGGGAAAUUUUGAGCGUCCUCGUAUGAACGCCAACUCCCUGGCAAGUCCCACGGGCCUCAGCCCCUACCUCUUUGGGUGCCUGUCUUGCCGGCUUUUCUAUUUCAAGCUUACUGAUCUGUACGUGAAGGUUAAAAAGAACAGCACGCCAACACUUUCCUUGUGUGGCCAACUGUUGUGGAGGGAGUUCUUCUAUACGACUGCCACCAACAACCCCUGUUUUGAUAAGAUGGAGGGAAACCCAGUAUGAGCCUUGAUCCCUUGGGAACGAAACCCAGAGGCACUAGCCAAAUGGGCAGAAGGACGGACAGACUUUCCUCGGAUCGAUGCAAUUAUGGCGCAGCUGAGGCGGGAGGGUUGGAUCCACCAUUUGGCCCGACACGCUGUGGCCUGCUUCCUCGCAAGAGGAGACCUCUGGAUCAGCUGGGAGGAAGGCGUGUUUGAAGAGUUGCUGUUAGAUGCGGACUGUAGUGUAAAUGCCGGCAGCUGGAUGUGGCUUUCUUGCAGUUCCUUUUUCCAGCAGUUUUUCCAUUGCGACUGCCCCGUUGGGAUUUGAGUGACGACCAGACCCCAACGGAGACUACAUAAGCGUUAUUUGCCCAUAGUGAGCGGCUUUCCAGCCAAAUAUAUUUAUGAUCCGCGGAAUGCCCCAGAGGAGCUACAGAAGGCUGCCAAGCGCGCCAUUGGAGUCAACGACCCAAAGCCUACGGUGAACCGUGCCGAGGCCAGCCGUAAGCAAAUUUAUCAGCAGCUUUCCUGCUACAGAGGACGAUGUAAGAGCAACAGUCACACUUGCUUGUGA